AUGACGCAAGCCAUGUUUUGCAGUGAAGUUGAAGUGGGUGGUUUUGUGGGCAGUAUCGAUGUUGUUCCAGAGGCUUUUCGUGCAGUUUCAGAGACUUCGUCUUCUUCUUCAAGUUAUGGAUUCCAUACGACUUCUUCUGGGAUACAGAUUUUGGCUUUUAACUGCUCCAUUGAUUAUAGAAAUCGGUUUCUGAGUGGAGGGUUUGAUUUGGUUUCAUCUGAAACUUUCAAAGUGGUUGACUUUAUUGGGACGAAAGUCAACCCAUCAUUCUUCAUUAGCGAAGUUGCUGUUGAGCUGUUUGAGAGUCUGCCAUUGGAGCUCAAACAGCUUAAAGAUGAGCUUAUAAACAAGCCGUUGAUCGUUACCGGACUCUCUCUCGGGGGAUAUAUCGCGGUUCUUUUCGCGCUAUGGCUCCAACAUGCCGUAGAUGUAAAAGAAGCUUCUGGUUCUAAAGAUACCAAAAGACCGAUUUGCAUAACUUUUGGUUGCCCGCUCGUUGGUGACGAAGCUCUUCAAAGAUCGGUCUCCGAACGCCCACAAUGGAAAUCUGGUUUCCUGAAUGUGGUCGCGAAGACCGAUCCCGUUGCUAGUUUUAUCUCUUCAAAGAUUCAAGCAGAGCGGCCAUACAAGCCUUUCGGCACCUUCCUCUUUUGCACGGAAUCAGGCGGGCACACCGCUUUCGAAGAUCAAGAAUCGGUCUUGGCGGUUCUACACGCCAUGGCGUCAUCUCGACAUGGAAAUAUGGAAGUUCCAGAUUACGAGAACCAUUUGACGGCAAUCAGAAGGAAGGCAUUGUAUCGCGGGGUUUCCGAAUUCGGCCAAUUCAACUUGAAUCCGUUACGGGCUGGUAUCACAUGGCAGUUCAAAGAAGUCGGUAUGCUGGACGAGAUUCCGAACAAUCUGAUCGAACGAAUGGAGGACAAACAAACAAGGGCGAUAAAAAGCAAGAAACACACGUACGAACCCACAAAGAAGCUAAACGACAUGAAGAUAAGCUUGACGUUCAUGGAAUGGUACAUGAAAACGUGGAAACCGAAAAGGGGUUACUACGAUACCUACAAGAAUCCCGAAACCAUAAAAGAAAAGGACAGCAACAACGGGAUUGAGUUGCAUCGUCUGCGAUUAAACCAGUAUUGGCAGAAGUUCGUUACAGAAAAGGAUUUAUUGCCACAAAAAGAAGGUGCUAAGCUGCGUAAGCGUUGGCUGUAUAGCGGAAACAACUACAGGAGGAUCGUUGAGCCACUAGAUAUAGCCGAACAUUACAAAUCAGAAGGCAAAUACUACAAAAACGGAAACAAACACUACUUAGCCGAUAGACCGAACCACUAUAAGUUGUUGGAGGAUUGGUCGAACGAAGAUAAGAAGGGCUCGGAUAACCCGAUUGGAGGAAAAAAGAAAGCUGCUAGUCUUACUGAGGAUUCUUGCUUCUGGGCACAUGUGGAGGAAGCUUUGAUUUCAUUGAGAGAGUUGAAGAAUGAAGGGUCAGGUAGCCAUGCGGACGUCCGCAAUCAGGAAUUGGAGAAUUUUGAGACCAAAGUGAUGGGUGAGAUCAAGAGUUACUCUUUGUCGCCCGAUGUUUUCUUGGAGGGAAGCAGUUUCAUGAAGUGGUGGAAUGAGUAUAAGCAACACAAAGGAGGUUCGUAUGUUUCGGAGUUUGCUCGAUACAUGAACGAGAGGAGCUACAAAUUAUACAAGUAACCGCGGCCGGUUGAGCAUCUUUUGGUUUGAUUUCUGUAACGUAAAUUGACGAUGUUGUUUGGAUUUCGAAUACUAAAGCAAAUUUUUGUACCAUUAAAUUUUACGAAUGAAACUGUUUCACCGUUUCAACUA